ACGCCAUUAAGAACAGUUAUUCAAUCAUCACAAUGGGUAAAUCAGUGUUCCUCAUCGGCCCUGGAUUCAUCGGAAAGGAGAUCCUUGGUCUCCUUAUCCAGGAGAACUACGACGUGACCGUGCUCGUACGUCGCGAAUCCGCAGCUGCCGAAUUCCAAGCACAAAGCAUCAAAUCCGUGCUGGGCUCCUUGGACGACAAAGAAAUCAUCCAAAAGCAAGUGUCCGCCAGCGACAUAGUCUUCCACACAGCAACAGCAGACCACCUUCCCUCCGCAGAAGCCGUCAUCGCCGGUAUCAACCAGCGCGCCAGAAACAACCAGCACACAAUCUACAUCCACACAAGCGGCGCAAGCCUCCUAGCCGAUGAAAGUGCCGGCGCCUACAGAAGUGACAAAGUCUUUGAUGACGAGCGACCAGAACAGAUCGAUGCCCUCCCGGACACCGCGCCGCACCGCCAGAUAGACUUAGCGAUUCUGCGCGGCCGUCAAACGCUCGGUGCCCAGGCGAAAAUCGCACUCGUGAUUCCGCCAGUCAUCUACGGCGUUAGUCUGCAAGACGGCCGACUGUCCAUCCAGCUGCCAACCCUGGCCCGCUACUCCCUCAAGCACGGCUAUGCAGGCCAGAUCGGCGAGGGCCGUUCCUUGUGGGGCCAGAUUCACGUCAAGGAUCUUGCGCGCGGAUACAUGGCUAUCUUACACUGGCUUGAACGCACUCCGGCAGAAGAAGCCCUGAAGAAUCCGUACUGGUUCUGCGAGAAUGGCCAGGAGCUGUCCUGGCAUGAGUGUGCGGAGCAAAUCGGACGUGUUCUGCACCAGGCGGGCCGUCUCAAUGACCCUACGCCUAGGACUAUUCCGCAGGGUAACUACGCCGAUCUAUUUGGUGAGUAUUCGGCUGCUGUUGCGGGAUCGAACUCGAGAAACAGGGCGAAUCGGUUGCGGAAGUUGGGGUGGGCGCCUGCGGAGAAGUCGACGUUUGCGUCGCUGGCGGAGGAUGAGAUUCCAUUGAUUUUGGAAGAGAAGGGGGCUUUUGAGGGGUAUAAGAAGGUGGUUGCUUCGUGAUUGGAGUCUGCAUCACUGCAGCGUGUAUCUAUCAAAUAGCCGGUGGAUGCGACCAAUACAUGGAAAUUGAUGUUUGGUAUGCUGCUUAAAUUACUGGUGACUUAAAUAGAAACAUUUUCUGCUGUC